AUGGUUAAGAAAGCGAUAGAUUCAAGAAUUCCUACUCUAGUAAAAAAUGGCGUCCAGAAUAAACACCGAACAUUCUUUGUCAUUGUUGGUGACAAAGGCAAAGACCAAGUGGUAAAUUUACAUUGGUUACUUUCACAAGCUCAAGUUACCGCAAGACCUUCAGUUUUAUGGUGUUAUAAGAAAGACUUGGGCUUUUCUAGUCAUCGUAAGAAAAGGGAGGCAAAGAUAAAAAAAGAAAUUAAACGUGGCAUAAGAGAAGCUAAUACCGAAGAUCCAUUUGAGUUAUUUAUUUCCGUAACUAAUAUUCGGUAUACUUACUAUAAAGAGACACAUAAAAUUUUGGGUAAUACAUAUGGAAUGUGUGUAUUGCAGGACUUUGAGGCAUUGACCCCUAAUUUAUUAGCACGUACUAUUGAGACAGUAGAAGGCGGUGGUAUUGUCAUAUUAUUAUUAAAAACAAUGAAAUCAUUAAAGCAAUUAUACACAUUAACUAUGGACGUACAUUCGCGUUAUAGGACAGAAGCUUAUGAUGAUGUAACUGCACGGUUUAAUGAACGUUUCAUUCUCUCACUUGGAUCAUGCGAAAAUUGUUUGGUGGUUGAUGAUGAAUUAAAUGUUUUACCUAUUUCAGCUGGUAAAAAUGUUAAGCCAUUACCGUUAAAAACCUCAGAAGAUUUAACAAAAUCACAAAUUGAAUUGAAAGAGUUGAAAAUAUCUUUAGCAGACACACAGCCUGUUGGUUCUUUGAUAUCAACUGCAAAAACAUUGGAUCAAGCCAAAGCUAUUCUCACAUUUAUUGAAGCAAUUAGCGAAAAAACUUUACGAAAUACAGUUACUCUUACUGCUUCUCGUGGACGUGGUAAAUCUGCUGCUCUUGGAAUUGCGAUCGCUUCUGCUGUUGCUUAUGGUUAUUCAAAUAUAUUUGUAACAUCACCCAGUCCUGAAAAUUUGAAAACGUUAUUCGAAUUUAUAUUUAAGGGAUUUGAUGCUUUAAGAUAUGAAGAGCAUUUAGAUUAUGAUAUAAUUCAAUCAACCAAUCCCGAUUUUAACAAGGCAAUUGUCAGGGUGAAUAUUUUCAGGCAACAUCGGCAGACUAUUCAAUAUAUUCAGCCGCAGGAUGCACAUGUUCUUGGGCAGGCCGAAUUAGUAGUGAUUGAUGAAGCGGCUGCUAUUCCUCUUACUUUUGUAAAAAGUCUAAUUGGACCAUACUUGGUAUUUAUGGCUUCAACUAUCAAUGGUUAUGAGGGUACUGGUAGAUCACUUUCCCUUAAACUUAUUCAACAACUUCGUGAGCAAUCUAAAGGUUUCAUUGGAAUAGAAAGACGAACUAGUGGUUCUGAUGAAAUUUCAGUUGUUGGUCGUGAUGGAAAAGCUAAGAAUGAAGAUUCAUUCACCUUGAAUGGUGCAACAGCUGGUGGUCGCAUACUUCGAGAAAUUAAACUAGAAGAACCAAUUAGAUACGCUUUAAAUGACUCCGUUGAGAAGUGGCUGAAUAAACUUUUAUGUUUAGACGCGUCCAUUAUUUCCAAAAACAUUCAAGGCUGCCCACAUCCACAAAAGUGUGAAUUAUAUUAUGUAAAUCGGGACACUUUAUUUUCUUUUCACCCU